AUGAUUCCAGUGACAGAACUAUCAUAUUUUGGGGAACAAGACCCAGCAUUCAAAAUCCUGAAGCCCUGGUGGGAUGUAUUUGCAGAAUAUCUGACCCUUCUAAUGGUUCUGGUGUCAAUGUUUGGAGGAGCACUGCAGGUAUCAAAUGGGCAGAUUCUGUGUAUCCCAGUGCCAGAGGGCCUCUCUAUUCAGGAACGACAAUGGAACAACUCAAUUUUGGAAGGGCUUAAGCUUAAUGUGUUUGCUUCUGGAUUCCAGACUGGCCUAGAUGUUCAGCAGUACUAUCUGAUUAACCAGUGGUGCUAUGAUAAUGCAGUGAUAUGGUUUUCCAAGUAUUUCCCUUAUCUGGUGCUUCUACAUUCUUUAAUAUUCCUCAUCAGCAGCAACUUCUGGUUCAAAUUUCCUGGUACAAGUUCUAAGAUAGAGCAUUUUAUUACUGUCCUUGGGAAAUGCCUUGACUCACCAUGGACCACGAAAGCACUGUCAGAAACGGUCUAUGAGGAUCCACUGAAAGUUGACUUUUCCGAAUCAUUAUCACAAGAGAUUGCAUUCAGUAACGACGUCCAUAAAGGGGAUAAGGUUUCUCUUCUGUCCAAAAGCUCCUCAGAAGUUCUGAAGUCUGCUGGUGGCAUUAUGGUAGACAACUCCUCCAUGAAAAUCUUGGAUAAAAAGGAAGGUGAGCAGGCCAAAUCCCUCUUUGAAAAAGUGAAGAAGUUUCGCCUGCAUACAGAAGAGGGAGACAUUCUCUAUACAAUGUACUUGAAUCAGACCAUUGUCCGCACUGUGCAAAGUGUAGUCAUUCUUGUCUACAUCAGCAUUUUCAUUCCUCAGAUGCGUAACAACAUUCACUGUGUCGAUGCACUGCACAUCACGGGCUUCACUGACUUCUUCUGCAUUCAUGGCUUAUGGAGAAUGUUCCAAAUGUUAUCCUUGUUGUACAUAACUGCUAUAGCCUUGUAUAGUUGCACGUGUCUCUACACACUGCACUGGAUACUGUAUUAUAAAUUGAAAGAGUAUUCAUUUGAAAACGUGAGAGUUGAAACUGGGAUGGAUGAUAUCCCGGACGUGAGAAAUGACUUUGCAUUCUUGCUUCAUCUCAUUGACCAGUAUGACAAACUCUACGCCAGGAAAUUUGCAGUGUUUCUGUCGGAUGUGAGUGAAAAUAAACUUCUCCAGCUCAAUCUGAACCACGAGUGGACUCAGGAACGACUAAAGCAGCGUCUCAUCACAAACAUGGAGAACAAGGUUGAAAUGCAUCUCUUCAUGAUGCCUGGGAUCCCCAUCCAGGUGUACGACCUGACAGAGAUUGAAGUGUUAAAGCUGGAGCUCAUCAAAGGUGUCGCCAUUUCUGCUGCUAUUUCCAAUCUGAAAAUGAUGAAAGAAAUGUGGUUGUACAACUGCUCGGUUAAGGUGGAAAGGCAGGCUCUAUUAUUCCUAAAGGAGAACUUGAUAACUCUGCGUGUGCGAUUUGGUAUCGCUGAUGAAAUACCACCAUGGAUAUUCACCUUGAAAAAUUUGCACGAACUCUACAUCGAAGGGCAACUGCAAACAGACAGUAAAAUCUCCACUGCCCUGCAGAUGUUUUGUGAGCUACCGAAAAUAGAUACCUUGCAUCUGAAGACCAAUAUAACCAAACUUCCCAAUGCAAUUUUAGACAUGGCAAAUCACCUAUUGUGCUUGGUAAUUCACAACGAAGGGGUCAAAAUAACAUCACUUACAAACAUUAAGAAGCUCUUUGGCCUGACUCUGCUGAGAUUGCUCCACUGCAACUUGGAAAGAAUUCCCAGUGCCAUCUUCAGUCUGACCAACCUACAGGAACUGGACCUUAAAGAUAACAACCUGAGCUCAACAGAAGAGCUCGCCAGUUGCCAAAACCUCCGGAAGCUCAUCUGCCUAAGGCUGUGGCAUAACAAUAUCACUUCCAUUCCCGUUCACAUUGCUAAAAUUCCAAAACUGGAAAUGCUGUACCUCAAUAAGAACAAGAUUGAAUUCCUGCCCCUGAGUCUAUUUAAACUAACAAAACUACUCUUUCUAGAUGUUUCCCAUAAUCACAUUUCAAAGAUUCCUCCUGAUAUUGACCAGCUAGUAGAGUUGCAACAUUUUGCUAUUGAAUGCAAUAAAGUGACAGAACUUCCUGAAAAUCUUUUCUCCUGCACCAAACUCCGGGUUCUGAACAUUUCGCACAAUAACCUGACUUUUCUCUCUCCCUAUAUUGGACGUCUGCGACAACUGCAACUCCUCGAUCUUAAAGCCAACAAAUUGGAUAAGCUUCCAAUUGAACUGGGACAGUGUGUUUGUCUCCGGAGAAACCAACUCUGUGUCGAGGAUGACAUUUUUAAAACAUUGCCUCUAGAAGUCAGGGAGCAGAUAGAAAAUAUGUCAUGA